GACAAGGAGGGGAGGGGAAGGGGAACUUGAGGAGGCCAGAGGCCACGAGUCCUGCCCGCGCCCCGCGCCGCUCCGCACCUCCGCCCGCAGGAACGGAGCAUGCUGUGUUGUUUACCCAUGGGCAACAUAACCUCCCCCGGUUCGCGUUUGUUCGCCGGUUGCCGUCGCCCCUUGCCCUAUUCUCGAGUUGUCUCUGAGUUUUUACGCUCCCCUUCCCGUAUUACGACGUGUGAUAGUGGUGCUAGUGUUGUGAAGUGACCACCAGAUUUGUGAUAGUGCAUCAUUUGUGCCUUUACCUGUGGGAUUACGACUUCUCAUCUGGCUGGACGUGUUUGCUGUUUCUUGAAGUCUACUGGAAGCCAACAUUUUCCCUGAGCUGCGGCCACAUGGCUAUAGUAUGGAGGAAAAGACAUGCCCCCAUUGUCAAAAAGUUUACAGUUGGAAGAAGGGUCUAGAUCGACAUCUGCAGGAGUGUGUAGGCAAUUUAGCCUUCCCUGACAGCCAUAGUGGCUAUCAAUGUGCACUGGAUAGAAUUGGGAAGUUACCAGUCAAAGUACCUCCCAAGAAAAAGUUCAAGUGCCCACAAUGUCCUCGCCGAUAUCAAUGGAAAUCUACUAUGCUUCGCCAUAUUCGAACAGAAUGUGGCUUUUCUCCUCAGUUUCAGUGUCCUUAUUGUCCUCAGCGUACAAUAAGAAAAGAUAAUCUUGUAAUGCAUAUUAAUAGAAAACAUGGUCCUGGUAUGCUCAAUUUUACAUGAAUAUCCCAUUAGCUAAAUCUUGUAACUAAACUUCUUGGAAUGUAUGCAACAUCGAAAUUGUUGUUUAAGAUGAUUCCGCAAUUCACAGUUUUAAAAUAUUAGAGAUGUAAAUACUAUUUAUUUAUUUUUCCAUUUGUAUUAUAGACAUUGUAGUUGUUUUCUAAGGUAGUUAUAAACUCUAAUAUGUUGUCACUAGUCAUAGAUAUACUAUUUUUCUUGCUGGUAGUCACUAAAAAUGUCAACACAUUAAUUUUGUGUCUCCUUUUUAUGACUUCUAUCCCCAACAUUUUAACCAAAUCUGAUCUUUGUGAUGUAUUUUCUUUUUGCAGAAAUUAAAUUCAUUAUAGUAAAUAUUUUAUAACUUG